UCUACUCCUCAUCCCACCCACUAAAGCUCCGCGAAAGGGUGUGCUUUUUGAAGGCUGUAUGAGGCUAUAAUACAGCUGCAGACAAGUCAAGUCGCCACUUGGUUUGACACCCCGGGAAAAAAAAGCCUCCGAGGCAGAGGGGGAGCAUACGCACAAGUACCCCCACCCCUCGGAUCCUCCGUCUGAGCUCAGCACAGGGUCUAGUCUCUCCGGACAUACCGUGGAGAUGCGGAACACACGAAGGUUAAUAUAAAAAAAGUUGGUGUAGUCGGGGCACACGGUAAACACAUAAUGUGGCAGCUGCCGUGUAGCUUCUAUUCAAGGUCAGUAUCUGAGCACGGCCGCCGCACGGACGACUGUCUUAGGUAGGAGGGGGAGAGAGGAAACGCUGAAGGGAUGCCGCUGUGCCUCGUUUACCUCCAGCAUCAACGAUGACAUCUUCCACCGAAGAAGACGUUGAUAGUCAAUGACAAGGAAACGGACAAACUUGUGAAACGCCGCUACGAAGAGCAACUGAGGGCACUGGACUGUUGUAAAAGGAAAAAAGACACUCUUUCAGCAUCUUGGCGUUUCCUGCUUUCUUUCCGCAACGACUUGUGCUGGAAGCGGCUGUUUACCUGGCUACAACAAGCGAAGAAGUCUAGCUAGCUAACGUUAACUGACAUAAUGAGGGGUCUGGUUCGGUUUCGCUUUGCUUCAGUGUCAGUUUGACGAACUAACUGUCAGAAUCUUCUACGGUUGACGAGCUUUAACUAACGCGACACUACGAAGCGAUAACUGGCACAACUUCCUUAAACUUGCCCGGUUUUUCAAGCCGACUUGUUAAAAAAACCAAACAAACUCUGAUUCAUUUUCAUUCAAGGUCGCCUUUAUUUUUCAGCAGUAAUGCCUUCCAGGACUGUGUCACACGGGGCUUCGGGCCGGCUUCGUGGACUGUUCUUGGUGAUGGUUUUAGUGUUUCUGGAUGGCUCCGUGUUUACCGUCGCUGUUGCCAGCUCCGACCAGCAUUCUCCUAUCACGGCACACUCGGGCAGCCACAAAGCGACUGACCAUGGCAGUCACAACAACACUGGAAAGGCUUUCCCUGUGCUAGACUUGAACUACGAAAACGUACGGGUCCCGUUUGAAAUCUCAUUAUGGGUCCUCCUUGCCUCUUUGAUGAAAUUAGGGUUCCAUCUGGUUCCUCACUUAUCCAACAUUGUGCCAGAGAGCUGCCUGUUGAUCGUGGUGGGCUUGCUGGUAGGGGGAAUCAUCAGAGGUACUGGUGAAACAGUCCCACCAGUGUUGGACUCUAAAUUGUUUUUUUACAUCCUGCUGCCCCCCAUUAUCCUGGAUGCUGGCUACUUCCUGCCCAUCCGUCCCUUCAUGGAGAACCUGGGCACAAUCCUGAUAUUUGCUGUCGUGGGUACUCUUUGGAAUGCCUUCUUUGUUGGGGGCUUGCUAUAUGGUGUGUGUCAGAUUGGUACAGAAAGCAGUUCAAUCCUUAGCAGAAUAGGGCUUCUGCAGUGCCUGCUCUUUGGUUCCAUCAUAUCAGCUGUGGAUCCUGUUGCUGUGCUUGCUGUGUUUGAGGAGAUCCACAUCAAUGAGCUCUUGCACAUCCUGGUGUUUGGCGAAUCACUACUCAAUGAUGCCGUAACUGUGGUAUUGUACCACCUGUUUGAGGAGUUUUCAGGCAUUGGCUCAGUGACGCUGUUGAAAGGCUUCCUGGGAGUCAUCUCCUUCUUUGUAGUCGCCCUGGGUGGCGUUCUAGUUGGAGUUCUGUACGGGAUCCUCGCUGCCUUCACCUCACGCUUCACCUCCCACACGCGCGUCAUCGAGCCUCUUUUUGUCUUUUUGUACAGCUACAUGGCCUACCUGUCUGCUGAGAUAUUCCACCUCUCCGGCAUCAUGGCUCUGAAACUUGAAGAGGAACCUGACCCAUGUUGGAUGUUGGCUAAUCAGUGCUGUGGGUGGGACUAUCGCAGCCGUGUUGUUGGUCUGACCUUUAUAAUCAACAAGUUCCGCAUUGUCAAGCUGACCACCAAGGAUCAGUUCAUUAUAGCCUACGGUGGCCUGCGAGGUGCCAUUGCCUUCUCCCUUGGUUUCCUGCUUAACAAAGAGCACUUUCCUGAGAGGGAAAUUUUCCUCACUGCCAUUAUCACUGUGAUUUUUUUCACUGUGUUUGUUCAGGGCAUGACCAUCAAACCCCUGGUGGAGCUGCUGGCGGUGAAGAAAAAACAAGAGGCCAAACGCUCCAUUAAUGAAGAGAUCCACACCCAGUUCCUUGACCACUUACUCACUGGCAUCGAGGAUAUCUGUGGACACUAUGGACAUCACCACUGGAAGGACAAACUGAACCGCUUCAACAAGAAGUAUGUGAAGAAGUGCCUGAUUGCCGGCGAACGCUCCAAGGAGCCGCAGCUCAUUGCCUUCUACCACAAGAUGGAGAUGAAACAGGCCAUUCAGCUGGUGGAGAGUGGAGGGGGAAUCAAGAUGCCUUCUGCUGUGCCUUCCACUGUUUCCAUGCAGAACAUCCAGCCCAGGCCUUCUACCAAGCCUGCACCAGAGCGAGCUAUUCCACAGCUGUCUAAAAACAAAGAGGAGGAAAUCCGGAAAAUCCUCAGGACCAACCUUCAGAGGACACGACAGAGGCUGCGCUCGUAUAACAGACACACACUGGUGGCCGAUCCUUACGAGGAUGGACUCAGCGAUUUAUUCCUAAAGAAGCAAAAGAUGUUUCAGAUAGAGAAGAAGUUAAAGGAGAUGAAUACCUACCUGACGGUCCCUGCCCCUCCCCCUGAUUCCCCGACCAUGUGCAGAGCCAGACUGGCCUCAGACCCGCAAGCCUACAGCAUUAAGCCUGCAUCGAACAAGGUGCCCAUGAUCCAGGUAGACCUGGCCUCUCCUCAGUCUCCAGACUCAGUUAAUCUGUUGGAUGAGUUCGGACAGGCUAACCAGCAGGAGGAGGAGGAGCAGGGCCUGAUGAUGAAGCCCCCGUCGAGGCCACGGGAAGCUAAAAAGCCAAGUGAAGAGGAUGAAGCAAAAGAUCAGCAGAGAUUAAUGAGGUGUCUGAGCGACCCUGGUCCCAGUGCAGACGAAGAUGAGGAUGGGGCCUUCCUCCCCUGAGACGACAGACUAGUUAGAGGGAAGAGGGCUGCUUCACCGCUCUGCUCUAAAUUAUCUCUUUGGUUCAGAAACCAACAAGCCAAAACUGCAAAUGCUGUAUGAACGGGAAACAAAAAGCAAAAGGAGAGUUCCUGAGAACGGCAGGGGGAAGAGUCAUUAGUUUGUGAUUCUCAUUGCUCUUUAUUUUAUUAGGUAGCAGUGGUAGAGCGACAGCUGGAGAUGGUGGAGGGUUUUGAUGAAAGUCUGAGACAUUCAGGAAAGAACUAUGCAUUACCAAAGGUUUGGACUGUUCCAGUUUCAGACGAUCUUGUUUUUACUUUAGCAUCAGACUGUUUUUUUUCGUCUUGAUGAUAGUGUUGUUAGUUUUAUGUUUGGUCAUGUUUUUACAGCUUCUGUCUUCAAAAACCACGUUCUCACUUGCUGGGUAAGCCACAAAAACGACUUCAACCUAGCUUUGACUUUUAUUGCACUCGAGUUUCUCGCCGUCAUUCUGUCACUUAAAGUUCCUGGGCAUCCAAUUGUUUAGAUUGUAGCUUUUUAGAAAUUUCUAGGCCUUAUUUGAUGUCAAACCUUUUCACUUGGUGCAUUUUUAAAAAUCGUAUCUGUUUUUUAUGACAUACUUUAAUUUCAGGGACGCAAACAUCUGUUUGUGGGUUAUGGGUUGAAAGCUGGAUGUUUUUUAGUCGCUGUGUAAACCACAGUUGUUUUCCUGUCUGUUGAGCGACUUUAUGGGGUCUACAACACCUACAAACCCGAAGAGUUUUACAAAUUUCUUAGGCCGUAAAGCAGUACAGAUGUUUUGAUCUGCCAGUAUACAUAUAAAUUCUCCACCCAAGUUAAAUCACAUAUUGUCAUAUCCUCUUAUGUAUGUUUUAUUUUCAGUUAAUAAGACCCUUUAAAACUCACUCAAGCAUCAGUAGAGUUGUCAAAGUAGAUGUUAUUAAUAUACUGCCCAUCAGCUUUCACACUCAUAUUUUAGACCCAUAUGUAUUUUAAAGACCUUUAACCUUUUUUUUUUUGUAACUGGCCUCAUUGAGAAACAUUUUUGCCUCGCAUUAUUGUUGAGGGAUAUAACAAGAGUUGAGAAUUGAGGGUUAAUUUGUGCAGAAAUCAGUCCAUGCCUCCUAACCUUCUUUAAAAAGCUAAGACUGCAGGCAUGUCAUGGCAAAAAAAAAUCUAACUCUGUGCAGCUCUGUAACAAAUUCAGACUAAACAAAAAAGCUAUAUUAAUGAAUACCAUUCAUAAAUUAUGGCUUAUACACAUCAUUGCUGAAGGCAAAGUUAAAUCUACCCCUGGCAUUAAGACAGUCUUUACACUUAACUAGAGUUUUUUGCACAUCUAAGCAAGACUGAAACAUUACCUGCAGGCAUGAAAACUGAGUCUAGUGUUUCUUUGAUAUUCUUUAUGGUUGAGCAGUGUGUUUGUAAAAUACAUCCACAUCUUUUUACAGAGCUACUCAGUGAUUUGGAAUAUAUAACAUUCGUUAUUUAAGUUACUGAUGCGAUAAAUUGCUGAUUCCUGCUUGUCUGGUUAAAUUCAACAAAAGGACAGUGGCCGAUGCCACAGAGUUAUUAGACGCGGGUGAAAGAACAACUCAUGGGUUUAAAAUCAUAUCGCUUGAAUCGAGUGAUGAAUUUGGUUGUUUUCUUGGUGUAAUUAACAACGGAACCCUUUUCAAGGUUCUUAAACCACAAACCUCACGUUACACCCGAGGAAAGAAUAGAAGCGCCUGACUGUCCUUAGCUCCUCCUCCCAUCAUCUGCAAAUUUCUAGACGUGGUUACUGUAGCAGGGGAUCACAUGCACUCAUCUGAAUGCGUGUGAAAGGGAGUAAAUCUCAGCAUAGCUACACCAUUGCAGUUGAGUUUGGUUGUCUAAAAUCAGUUACAGCUCACAGACCUUUAAACAUCUCAUUUCCCUGUUUCCUGACUAAAUUGAAUUUCCCUUUGCUCUGAAAUGUCAGCAUGUCUGUUAGACUAUCAGGAGAUAUGUGGUGAAAAUGUCAACAAGGAUGUGGUCAAAGACCAAAGAAUUGUACCAGAACCUGACUGGCAGAACAACCCUCCAACCUCCUCUUUUUAAAGUUCCCUUAAAGGCUGCAAUAUUUACACGCAGCUUUUAUGGCCGUCUAAAUUGGCGUUGAACUGAAAUUGCUGAAAUCCUGAGAGCCGUUUCUCUACAUCUCUUUAUCAUCGUCCCAGGUGAUCUAAGUUUUAGCAACUUAAAGGCACUUUGCUCUUAACCCUUUAAUGCUUUGCAGAAUCUGACUAUUAGAUUUUAGGAAAGUUGCAGCAAGUAAUACAUUUCUAAAAGGACUCCUACUUAUUAGUAUGUUUAACUGUUUAGAUGCAAAGCAGGUCCCAGUGUUCAAAUUCUGUCCAAUUACAACACGCUCACAAUACCUGUGCAUGUGAUCACGCAGAGGGAAGCCAAAGGAGGCACAUUUAGAUUAAAGCAGUUCCUAUAACAAGACGCCACAUUGUUAAUUUUUAUAUUGUAUUGUUAUGUUAUUCCAAAGAGUUGAAUUUCUCCAAAAAAGGAAAAAAAGGAAAAAAGAAAAAAGAGAGAAACCUUUAUUUUUCAUACCAAAUGCAUAUUUUGGGCAAACGUUAUCACACUCCAUGGAGGGUAAUGUUUGGUGCAGAAAACUUUAAACAGAAGCCAUACAGCCUAUAGAAGAACCUAUUUUAUUGUAACCAUAUAUAUUACAAAACGUCAUGUAAUGAUCACUCUUGCCUUUGUUUUGCUUGUUGCACGAACAAAAAAACAAAAGCCUUUUAAAGUUAAACUGCCUGUUUUCUUCAUACAUUCUUCACAUUUUUGCUUCUUGCUCACUGAAUGUUUUUCUACACUGAUAAAUCGAUCAUCAAGCGGUGCGAGAGCAGAGCCGGAUGUUUGGGAUCGGUGCCAUUUGUUCUUGUCAGCAAGUUUAUGCAGAAACUACCAAGCGAAGCUUAAUCACACUUCAUGCAAAGAGUUGGAGUGUGUGCAAAAUAGAAGUGAUUGUAAAAGUUUGGUGAGGAUCGGGAUCGUUGUUGGGUAAUCCAUCUUUGUUCUUUGCAGAAGAUGUGCUGUCCGAGUGUCCUUCUAGAUUUAAGUUGUGAUGUUGAAUUUACAGAAUCAACGGCGUUGGCUCGCCGGUGUUGAUUUCAUCUUUUUGUUUUCUUGUCAUAUUUCUGUGUUCAUUGAAACACACCAUGUGCUUUAUUUGUUCUUUCAUUUCUUUUAAAGCGUUGUUUUUUAUGAGCUUAUUCCAGUGUGAAAGUUUUUAUUGUAAGUAUUGUAUCUGAUGUUGUGCACUGCGUCAUUUCAUGUGCUUUUCAGAAGGCUGUACUGUGCGUUUUCUCCAUCUUAUGUUUACGUUUACCAGGAGUUUGGAAGCAUUUGUCAUCUGUGCUUUGAAAGGUGGAGUUCAAGCUUUACAGAGUAGAAAUGGACUGACUUGCUUCAAAGUAUAAGUAAAGCUUUAUUACUCACUCGGUGUUCCAACCAACAAUCAACCAAAUUAACCUAAAGUAGCUUUUGCAUGCUUUUUUUCCCCUGAAUAGUUUUGUGUUUUCCUUGAUCUCCAGGCAGCUAUCGUUUUCUGUUCAUUGACUACAAUAUCUCAAAUCUCUGUGAAAUCUUCAGCUCAGUCACUCCAAAGGUCAAGUCAGCAUCUGCAUCUGAUAGAUUUUUGAAAUGCACUAAUAUAGUGGAGAUUCCUCCCAUUCAACAUAUCUGUUGGGUCUUAUGUUAGUAUUGAUGGAUAUUAAUGAAGAUUUGGCAAGAAAGGGCAGCACAAUAAAUGUAAGCACUAAUUUGGUUAUGACUACAUGGGCUAAGACAUGCUAAAACACUGGCCGUCGAAGUACUCCUAACAUUUCACCAGCUGGGCAGUAUGAGGCUAAUGAUUAUUAAAGGCAGUAAUCUGAGAAUGACACACAUGUUCCUAUCAGCACUGUAAUGGCAUCCAGUGGCAUUACAUCGCCAUCCAAAGACUGUUUCCGUCUUCAUUCGUGUUUACUAGGCUCUGUUGUGUGUCACUAUUUAAUGCUGAGCACUUUAGUCAAGCGGUACCUUUAUCUUUUAACACAAACGUUACAGACGGAGCAAUAAUGAUAGUGAUGGAUUGUACACGCUGUGUGCGAUUGUCAGCCGAAACGUCACAGGAUAAAGGAAUGUACUUCUUGAAGGGCCUUAUUAUCAGGCAUGGGUUUGAUGUUCUUAGUCGUAAAGCAGAGAAGCUGGAAACGGUGGAUUAUAGUUCCCUUUUAAUUCAUUUGUUUAUUUUGUGUCAGUCAUUUGUUUGUUUUCAAAUGGAAUUUUUGCGUUGAUUAAAGGUAAUUUUUAAUUUUAUAUACAUAUGAAUGAUAAUAUAGAAAAAUAUAGAAUAGCAGAUUUUAUUAUAUGAUGUACAAAUCUGAAUCUUAAGGAUGUCAUGUGUGCACUUUCUUGUUGAAUAAUCUAUAGCUUUCAGCAUUCCAUUGUAAUGACCUGUAAAACUAACAACUGGUAAUAAAACCACAUCUGAAAGUA